AUGUGCAGGCUCGCUCCUAUCUCCAGCACCACCAGCCGUUUUCUACCCCACACGCGGCUGAACAGGCUGAAGCUCCCAACCACCCACAGCUCCUUCAGUAGGCUGGGAUCCAAGUCAACCUCCCACAGCUCCUUCAGUAGGCUGGGAUCCAAGUCAACCUCCCACAGCUCCUUCAGUAGGCUGGGAUCCAAGUCAACCUCCCACAGCUCCUUCAGUAGGCUGGGAUCCAAGUCGACCUCCCACAGCUCCUUCAGUAGGCUGGGAUCCAAGUCAACCUCCCACAGCUCCUUCAGUAGGCUGGGAUCCAAGUCAACCUCCCACGUUGUCGACAGGAGCCCCAGUUCCUCCCAGAUGAACAGUGAGCCCUGGGCCAGGCCAAGAUACCAGGACCAAGCUGCAGUUGAACAUUCUACAGCAUCCCACCAGGAACAACAACAGCACCCUGACAAACUGUGUCUGGACUCCUUCUGGAGCGAGGUGGAGGCGAUACGUAGCCAGGGAAGUGGAUACACUGACCUUGACACUGACAGCGCCAGACGAGACUCCAGACACUCUGAAGAGGGGGAGCAGGAGGAGCGGUGGCUGCAGGAUGCCGGUCUCUCCACUCUGAUCAGGCAGCAGAAACCAGACAGAGACAGGGACACUGAGGACCAGGAUGUUGACCAGGCCAUACUGCUGUCCACUCUGACCCGUACGCAGGCCGCUGCCGUCCAGAGGAGACUGGACUCCUACACACUGUCCCUGAGGAAGAGGAGCAAACACCCGCCACGUGACGUCCGGGACAUCUUCAGCUCAUCACCCUCCUCUAUUGCUCAGACACCUCUACCAGAGUGUCAAGACUCUGAGCCUACAGAGCCUAAAUCAUCUCUACCAGAGUGUCAAGACUCUGAGCCUACAGAGCCUAAAUCAUCUCUACCAGAGUGUCAAGACUCUGAGCCUACAGAGCCUAAAUCAUCUCUACCAGAGUGUCAAGACUCUGAGCCUACAGAGCCUAAAUCAUCUCUACCAGAGUGUCAAGACUCUGAGCCUACAGAGCCUAAAUCAUCUCUACCAGAGUGUCAAGACUCUGAGCCUACAGAGCCUAAAUCAUCUCUACCAGAGUGUCAAGACUCUGAGCCUACAGAGCCUAAAUCAUCUCUACCAGAGUGUGAAGACUCUGAGCCUACAGAGCCUAAAUCAUCUCUACCAGAGUGUCAAGACUCUGAGCCUACAGAGCCUAAAUCAUCUCUACCAGAGUGUCAAGACUCUGAGCCUACAGAGCCUAAAUCACCUCUACCAGAGUGUCAAGACUCUGAGCCUACAGAGCCUAAAUCACCUGUACCGGACGAGAGUAUGGAGACCAUCAACAAGACACCACUACAAGAGGUCAGCUUGGACCAGCAGAAGAAGCAUGGAGGUGCCCCAAAAGAGGAGAUUUUCAUCACAGACGUGGCCUACUGCGAACAGGCGGCCAUCUUGUUAAAACAGGCUAAGCUGCCUCAGAUAAAGAACAGCUGCAAGAGGAAGGAGGACGGCACACUUCCUAGGGUGAUCUGCCCCCAGUGUCGUCUGGGUGUAACUCGUAUCCAGGACUUGUCCAACCAGGACAUGAAAAAGGUACGUCAGCUGGCCCUGAUCGACAUGACAGCGCUCUGUGACCUGCUGGAGCUCGAUGUCAAACGACACAAGACCUGCAAGAGGAAGAUCCCAGAGGGUGCCCUGUUUGGGGUUCCACUGGCCACCCUGUUGGAGAAUGACCAGAAAGUCAAACCCACUGCUACCACUCCUCUCAUCCUGCAAGCGCUGCUGUGGUUCCUGGAGAAGCGGGGAGUUGACUCAGAGGGUAUUCUGCGGGUUUCAGGCUCUCAGUCCAGAAUCAAGAAGCUGCAGCAGGACCUGGAACAGAACUUCUACUCUGGAGGGUUCAUCUGGGACGAGGUCAGUCCUAACGAUGUUGCUGCCCUGUUGAAGAAGUUUAUCAGAGAACUACCAUCUCCACUUCUCACCGCAGAGCACCUCAACACCUUCAGUGCUACCAGGGACAUCCCUGAGCUGAAACAGAAGCUACACGUUCUGAACCUCCUCAUCCUCCUACUGCCUGAACCCAACAGGAACACACUCAAGGCUCUGUUGGAGUUUCUUUCCAAGGUAGUCUCCAGAGAGAGGAGGAACCGUAUGAACCUGUGGGCCGUGUCCACCAUCAUGGCCCCCAACCUGUUCCUGUUCCUCCACAAGGCCGUACCCACCCGCCUCACUGACGGGGAGGAGAAAGGACAUGCUGAGAAGGCUGCUGACAUCAUGAGGCUACUCAUACGCUACCAGGACCUGCUCUGGACCAUCCCUAACUUCCUGAUGAGCCAGGUGCGUAAGCUGAAUGAGAACAGUAACCGAAGGUACCAGUUCUACGAUCGCCGCAUCAAGAACCUGCUGAGGAAAAUUCACCAGGACCGCAAGGAUAAACCUGACAAGAACUCCUCCGAGCCUUGUCGUACAGUAAAGAUCCAGGUGGGUGAACUGAUGAGCAGCACCAUGGAGGUCAAGGUCAACAUAAACUCCAGAGCAUCAGACCUACUGGCUCAGUUCCACAGGCACCUCCACAGCUCUGACAACACCAAGGGCCUGCUCAAGAGGAAUGGUUUGGUAAAUGAUUUGGGAUCCUACCUGGACUGUGCCAUGUAUGAAGUGGGAGGAAAUAUUGGUGAGCACUGCUUGGACCCAGAGACUCAUCUCCUGGACCUGUACAACAACAACCCCAGUGGAGAGUGGGUCAUCAAACACAAACCGCUGACCACCAGUAAGGGACUGCAGAUAUAAGACAGUCGCAGGAGGAGGGAGAGACCAGCAGGGGGCUCCAAGAGCCAGCCAGAGGAGGAGGGAGACCAGCAGGGGGCUCCAAGAGCCAGCCAGAGGAGGAGGGAGACCAGGUGGAGUGGAGGAGAAGAGGAUUCUGCCACCACAAACCACCUCAAGGCUGAGCCCUCUCUCUGCCCAUUGCAGGGGAGACCAGACUAGGAGAAGUAAAGCAGCUACUGCGGAAAAACACCCCACCUCCAGACUUCAGGUGGAGGAGUGGCUGAGCUUGUGUCUCAGGCUGCUUCCUGGCUUGUCAGCUAAGCUCUCAGGCUCUCAGCCAAUCACUUCCCAGCAUCCGCAGAAGCCCAGAUGGGAAUCUGAUGCAGCUGCCUCCGAGUCUCUCUUUCUUUCUCUCCCCAUUCUCUCUCCAUUCCUUCUACUCAUGCCAUUUGAUCAAAAGGUAAUAAGAGAGGAAAUGCACAUUAUAUCUCUUUCCCUUGUUUGUCUAUUUCUUUAAUGUCACACAGAGGGAAAGUCAGGUACUCUGAUGAACUGAUGUAAGGGACAGGGACUCUUAGGUCCCUGUCCCUGAUGGCUCUUGGCCUCUGAUGGCUCUAUAAGAGGCCCUAAACACAGGGGACAGAGGGCAUAGUUCUCUCUAAGAGUUCAAAGGUCAACCUCUAAGACAUGAUUAUAGUACCCCCUAAAGAGAACUGUUGUUUAAGACAGUGAAGCUGGACUUCAACCUUUCUGUUUGUUUUUUAGUUUUUGAAGGAUUUUAUGAAGUAUUGAAUAUCACGAUGGAUUGACUAUUUAUAAUUGAUUGGAUGUAUUUGUAUGUAUGUGUAUGUAGUCAUUAAUGUUCUCCUUGGAAAUUGUUCAAUAGGUGUUUCUGAUCGUAACGUAACAGUCAUGUAAGCACAUCCACUCUUUUCAGACAGUCUUCUUAUUCUUGUAAAUGUUUUGAUCAGUUGUACUUUGUUGCGGUUCUGCGUAUUUAUUCUCUCAUCCUAUUACCCACGUGUCAUCACUUCUUCAGGGUACACUUCUAUAUGAAAUCUAUGAAUAGGGUUUACACGUUUUGAGGAAGCUUGGAUAUUGCACCAUCACAUCAAUAUAAAGUAUACACAUGUUCUACAUGACAACCUACCAUGAAUGUACACAUCUACAACCUACCAUGAAUUUACAUAUCUACAACCUACCAUGAAUUUACAUAUCUACAACCUACCAUGAAUUUACAUAUCUACAACCUACCAUGAAUUUACAUAUCUACAACCUACCAUGAAUUUACAUAUCCAAUUUGUAAGUCGCUCUGGAUAAGAGCGUCUGCUAAAUGACUUAAAUGUAAAUGUAAAUGUAAUGUAAAUCUACAACCUACCAUGAAUUUACACAUCUACAACUGACCAUGAAUGUACACAUCUACAACCUACCAUGA